AUGUUGCAGUUAGCGGAACGCUGGCCAUGGAAUCAACAGGUUCUCCAAUUACACAAGCAAGAAGAUGCAGUUCUGUGGUGGGCAUAUGCAACUGGGAAGGGUGCAAUUGGACGCGUUGCAAUGAGCAGUGUAAUAAUGCAUAUUCCGGCCGCAAUCCCAAAGCUUUUUGCCAACCAGGAGUAUGCAGUUGCGAAUAUGAUUGCUGGGAUACAUCCUCAGAACAUGAGCUAUGUUGUUGGUUACGGCAUUAAAUAUCCUUUGCAUGUCCAUCAUAGAGGUGCAUCCAUCCCUCAUAACGGCAUUAAGUACAGUUGCACUGGAGGAUGGAAAUGGAGGGAUACACCAAAGGCAAAUCCAAAUACCAUUGUUGGAGCUCUGGUGGCAGGUCCUGACGAGAAUGAUGGCUUUAAGGACAACCGGAGGAUGAUGAACUACACGGAGCCCAGACUGGCAGGGAAUGCUGGUUUGGUUGGUGCUCUUGUUGCCCUAUCAGGUGAUGGGAGCAUACGAAUCAACAAAAGUAGUAUGUUCUCAUUUGUGCCAGCAGCAAAGUUUCCACCUCCACCACCGCCCCCAACUCCUUGGAUCCACUAA